AUGCCGCUGAAAGCCCAAAAAAAAGACAAAAAAAGCAAGAGCAAAAGUAAAAGAGGCAAAGAAAAGAGGAAGACGGCAAUAUCGGAUGAAACCGUGGUGGAAAAAGCUAAGGCCAAUGCCGACCUUUGGGAGUCCAGGCUUGAAAUCACAGAACUCUCCAGGAUAGAGUAUAGAGAUAGUUCCCGGAGACUGGCAACAUGUAAUGAAGAGUUAAAGAAGCAGCAGUAUAAGUUGGAGAAGGACACAAUGUCUGUAUUAAACUAUCUCAGGAAGCAGGAUCAGGAGAAAGAUAAUAUGAUCGAAAAGUUGAAACAGCAGUUAAAUGAAACCAAGGAAAAAGCACAAGAGGAAAAGGACAAAUUGGAACAAAUGUAUAUUUUGCAAAUAAAUGAGCUGGAAACACAAUUCAAUCAAAAAGCCAAUGAAAUUGGCAUGAUUCAGACAGAACUGAAAACAAUAAAACAAUUCCAGAGGAGAAAAAUCCAAGUGGAGAAAGAAUUAGAUGAUCUGAAGGAGAAUUUAAGGAUCACAGAGCAAAAGCAUCAGGAGACUCUGAGAAGAUUGGAAGGCAGAUUUUUUGAAGAAAAGCGCCGACUAGAGCAAGAAGCUGAGAAGAAGUUAAUAACACUUGCUGAGAGAGCCCACCAGGAAGCUAUUGUGCAAUUGAACAAUGUGGGAAGAAGUGUUUUUAAAGAGAAUAUUUAUCUCCAAAAAGCCCUCUCAUACCACAUGAAGGAAACUGAAGCUCUACAAAAGAACUCCCAGAGGUUGCAAAAGAAUCAGUCUUUCCUUUUACAGGAAAAGGAAACCAAAGAUCUGUUGGUUAAGGAAAAGGUUUUACAGCUUACUCAGCAGAGAUCACAGAUACAGACUCUUCAGAAGAAGGUAGUGGCUCUAGAGAAUGCCCUGACGUGUAUGACCAAAGAGUUUGAGACUGAAGUGUUAAAAGUGCAGCACCAGUCGAUGAUCGAGAACCAAGCAGGUCAUUAUGAAAUCUACAACCUGCAGCACCUUCUGGAAAUGAAGGACAAGGAAAUGAAUCGAGUGAAGAAGCUGGCGAAGAGUAUCCUGGAUGAGAGAACAGAAGUGGAAAGAUUCUUUAUGGAUGCGCUGCACGAAGUGAAGCAACAGAUCCGACUGCACCAGAAGCAUUAUAAACAAGUAGCUCAAGCUGCUUUCAAUUUCAAAAUGAGAGAGGCAUGUGCAGGAAGAGAGGAGUAUCCCAAAAUCCGGACAUUCCAUGGCAGAGAGCACAGUACCAAUAGUGUGCACCAGGAUCUUUCGGAGGCUGAGAAAUGGAUAAACAUCCAAGGAGAUGUGGAUAUUGGAGAUCUGACAUGGGAGCAAAAGGAGAAAGUCUUGCGAUUACUCUUUGCAAAAAUGAAUGGUCUUGUCUCUAGGAAAAACAACCAGAUUUCUAGGCCUUCAGUUCCAGACUACGUUGAUCCUGAAACUGUAGGAACAAAGGACACUGGGGAUGAAAGCAAGCUUCAAGAUCAAACCUUCAUCACCCAACAAGUGUCACUCUCACACUCUUCUGAUGAACCAGGGAUCAAAGAAUCACAGGAUUCUAGCAUAGUAAGGAAUUUGAAAUCUAAGCAAUAA